GGAAGUGAUGUCGGCCGCCGGCCGGCUGCCCACGCGGAGCAUUCCACUAAAAAAACCGCAGCCAUAAGCGAAGCAUUGCCAAAAUAAUGCCCAAACAAGGGGACCAGCCCGCGCCCAAGGGGCCGCCACCCAGGCUGAUCGAUCUGUGGCGAAGUGACCCGUCGGAGACGAUAGCUGCCUUCCUGCCGUUGAAAGCGAUAGCCACGAUGGCGGUCUCACGUCGCUUUCGCGACAGGCACCCGACAAUAUUGUUCUCUGUGGCGCGCCGCCACGGCGCUCUGGCCGCUGGCACCGGCGCGCUCCUCGACGCGGUUGUAGCGACAGGGCGCGACUGGAGUCGUUUCUCCAGUGAUUCUGCCAACGAUGCUUGGGAUACUCUAUCACCCGCGCUUUCUGAGGGUAGGUUCACCUGCACGACGAAUACGUCUGGCGGAAAUCGUCACAUACAGAUCGGCACGACGGUUGCCACGGGUCACGGAGGCGGACUUGUGCGGAUGUUUGAUUCCGCUGACCGGUUGUGUCUACGCCGGGUCAAAUAUCGGUUCAGCUUCUCCGACCCGGGUGCGGGCUCACACGGCUUUGCAUAUUUCUGCUUGAAUGACGACGGGGGCCUGUUUGUCUCUCGGACUUCAACAGGUGGUUACGAGCUCAAAUCGUUCGUUCAGACGGAGGAAGAGCAGUUCCCUCCCGUUGAGCCGGACACUUGGUAUGAUGUAGAUCUGACGUACGAUUGGACAACCGCAUUAGGGAACAACACCCUCUGGGUGGACGUGGUGGUCAAGGGCGAAGAUGAGAUCAAAUAUCGAACGCGUUGUAGUUGCGAGCCCCUCACCGCCAUCACGCUCUACAAUUUCGGCCCUGGCGUCGCCCGCUAUACAGCGAUAGAAGUGAAUUACUCCAAGCAGACCUCGCGCGACAGAAGUUUCGCGAGCUGGACUAUGGAGUAGUUGUGUAAAAUUCCAUUACAACGC